AUGACGCCCGUUGGCCGGAAGACGACGGCCGCAUCUGCAUCUUUUGCUGUUCGGCGACGGCCCACCGAUAGGACGACCUGUAGGGCAAGCCGUUCUCGAUACCUGAUCCACACAAUGGUCAAGUUCGCCAUCGAGAAUACCUACCCACCAACCUACCCUGAGGCGGCACGCGGCCAGACAUUGGCAACUUCAGUCUUGAUCGGCAGUGCUUUGAACCAUCGACAACCUUCUGCCUACUCUUGGACGGGCAUUGACGUCGAAAUCGCCCUACGCUGGCUCCUCAUGUGA